GGCCAAGAACGGGGGGAGCGAUAGAUAAAAAACGCGCGAAAUUUCUCGAUAAGGGAAGAAAGGGGAACACGCUUCUGCCCAUCACUUGGCUCCGCGCUGUCGUGCGUUUGGGUUUCUCCCUCCCUCUGCUUCCCCAAUAUCUUUUUUUUUUCUGUUUGUUUGCUGGGAGAGCCUCAUUUCCAUGUCGAAUCUGAAAUUCCUGCUGGGUUCAGCUUGAGCAGCGUCCCUCCGUCCUUGCGCUUGGCGAAUUCGCGGCGUUUAGGCUCAGAUGCCUGACGCAGCAGCCGCAAAAUCCCCGUGCGUAAGGCUUGAAUCUUUGGAGCACGAGGGAGGAUUUCCAUCUCCCUAGGCGCUUCCAAAGCUCGGUACCUUGAAUCAUGGACCACACGGAGAGCUCCACUUCCACAACGUUGUAGUCGUCGCCGCCGCCGUGGGCUGUGGGCUGUCCUCGUCCUAACUCCACCCUCCAUGGAGGUCUCCACCAUCAGCUUCUCGUCCCCGUCCUCGUCGCCGCCGUCCCUGUCCCCUUCGCCGCCGCCGUCGCAGCAGCAGCAGCACCAGCCGCGGGGGGCCACGCCGGCGGACCUCGAGGCCGUGGGCCUCCGCCGCCUCAGCGACAACCUGCAGCGCCUGCUGGACCCGGCCUUCCUCAACUGCGCGGACGCCGAGAUCGCGCUCGCACCGGCCAAGGGCGGCGGCGCCGUCGGCGUCCACCGCUGCAUCCUCGCCGCCAGGAGCGCCUUCUUCCUCCACCACUUCGCCUCCCUCCCGGCCCCCGCCGGCGGCGGCGGCGAGAGGCCCCGCCUCGAGCUCGCCGACCUCGUCCCCGGCGGCCGCCACAUCGGCCAAGACGCCCUCGUGCCCGUCCUCGGAUACCUCUACACCGGCCGCCUCAAGUCGCCGCCGCAGGAGGCCACCGUCUGCAUGGACGACGCGUGCGGCCACGGGACCUGCCGCCCCGCGAUUGACUUCGUCGUCGAGUCCAUGUACGCCGCGUCUGGCUUCCAGAUCUCCGAGCUUAUCUCCCUCUUCCAGCGCCGUCUCUCUGACUUCGUUAGCGAAGCACUGGAUGAGGAUGUGGUGCCCAUUAUUCAUGUUGCUUCCACCUGCGACCUUCAGGACCUGCUCAAUCAGUGUAUUCACAGGGUUGCGGUCUCCACUCUCGAUAGCCGGUACCUCGAGAAGGAACUUCCAGAUGACAUAUACUGCAGGAUCAAGGAAAUCCGCCGGAGCACGUUUCAUGACGAAUCAUCAGAGAGUGCCAUUCUGGACCCUGAGCAUGACAAGAGGGUCAGAAACAUCCUCAAGGCCUUGGAUUCUGACGAUGUUGAUCUUGUUGGCCUGCUGUUAAAGGAGUCGACGGUGACCUUGGAUGAUGCGUUUGCGAUACACUAUGCUGCAGCCUACUGUGAGCCCAAAGUGUUUGCGGAAUUGCUGAAACUGGAUUCUGCUAACGUGAAUCGGAAGAGUAAUAGUGGGUAUACACCACUGCAUAUAGCUUGCAUGAGGAGAGAACCAGACAUCAUUCUUUCGCUUGUGGAGAGGGGAGCCUCUGUGCUGGAGAGGACCCUAGAUGGGCGUGAUGCUCUUACUAUCUGCAAGAGACUAACAAGAGAGAAAGACUGCAAUAGGAAGUUGGAGAAGUACGAGGAGAAAAGUAAGGCUUACUUGUGUAUCGACAUACUGGAGCAAGAACUUAAGAGGAAAUCCUUUAUUUUGGACCCGAUCUCUAUAGAGGAGUCCAUUGCCACACCUUUGUUGGUUGAUAAUUUUCACAUGAGGCUCAUAAACUUGGAAAACAGAGUUGCGUUUGCACGAAUAUUCUUCCCUUCGGAAGCCAAGCUUGUCAUGCGCAUUGCACAAGCUGAUUCAACCGAAGAGUUUGCCGGCAUCACCAAUUUCAGCAAACUAAAGGAAGUUGAUCUCAAUGAAACCCCAACAAUGCAGAAUAGGAGGUUGCGUGAACGCCUUGAUGCCUUAACAAAGACAGUUGAGCUAGGGAGACGAUACUUCCCACAUUGUUCAGACGUUCUUGACAAGUUCCUCAACGAAGAAUCCACUGAUCUGAUCUUCCUUGAAACUGGGACUCCAGAGGAUCAGCGAGUCAAGAGAAUGCGCUUUUCUGAACUCAAAGAGGACGUGCGCAAGGCAUUCACAAAAGAUAAGGCUGCAGUGGCAGCCAUAGCUUCCUCAGCAUCCUCGUCUUCAUCUCCGAGGUGUGAGGGGAGGGGUAGAUCCAAUAGGAAAUUGAGGCCAUCUCGGUGAUAUCAGUAGUUGAGGCGCAAUCUGUUCAGUAGUCAGGACACAUGACUCUGAGGACCGCGGUGAAGGACGGCUUUGUAGUAUGUUGUUUUGACGACGUGUAGCACAGUGAAGCGAUUGGGCCCAGCCUGACGAGAAUUCCCAGUAGCUGUUGUGUUUUGACAUGUAACACUGUUUCAGUAGAUAAUUUCCACGUGCUGAUCGUCAUCUUUGCAGGCACUACUUGUCUUGCUUGUUAAAACUGCUUUUGGGGUGGGAAGUAGAACAUUGGUGCUAUUGUGCUAAUGUAUCUGGAUCCUCUCAAAGGAAAUAGUUGUGUGCCUGUCGAUAUGUAAAAGGAUAUACGUCCUUAUAGAAACCAGAAGAUUAUUGCAGUCAAAUAGAAGAAUUUGGCAACCGUGUGUUUCAGUGGUUGAACUUGAUAGAAUUAUUCAGUGUUAUACUAGUGCUUUUAAGGCAAAA